AUGAAGCUCAGGAACCUCUUGAUCUCCCUGUCUUGGAUGUGUUUACUCUUAAACACGUGCCUGUCACAGGGGGUGAAUGAAGACAAACCCAAUAUUGUCCUAAUAAUGGUGGACGAUCUUGGGAUUGGAGAUCUGGGUUGCUAUGGCAAUGAUACAAUCAGGACCCCUCACGUGGACAGCUUAGCCAGGGAAGGUGUGAGACUGACCCAGCACAUCUCGGCAGCCUCACUGUGCACCCCAAGCAGGGCUGCCUUUCUAACGGGAAGAUACCCCAUCCGAUCAGGCAUGGUUUCUAAAAUGGAUUCCCGUGUCAUCACCAGCCUUGGAGUUUCUUCCGGACUCUUUCUCAAUGAAACAACAUUUGCAGCCUUAGUGAAGAACCAAGGAUACACCACAGCACUCAUCGGCAAAUGGCAUCAAGGCUUAAAUUGCCUAUCGCGAAGUGACCACUGCCAUCAUCCAUAUAAUUACGGGUUUGAUUACUACUAUGGCAUGCCGCUCACUCUGUUUGAACCUUGCUGGCCAGAUCCUUCACGUGACGCAGAAUUAGCCUUUGGGAGCAAAAUCUGGCUGUGUGUACAGCUGGUCGCCAUCACUGUGCUUACCUUGACUAUUGGGAAAUUGAGUCGCUGGAUCUCUGUUCCCUGGUCCCUCAUCCUCUCCAUGAUUCUUUUUAUUUUUCUCCUGGGCUACUUUUGGUUCUCCAGUUACACAUCCCCUCUGUACUGGGCGUGCCUCCUCAUGAGAGAGCAUGAGAUCACCGAGCAGCCCAUGAAGGCAGAACGAGCUGGGUCCAUCAUGGUGAAGGAGGCGGUUUCCUUCUUAGAAAGGAACCGUGAAGGACCUUUUCUCCUCUUUUACUCCUUUCUCCACGUUCAUGCACCCCUCCCCACGACGACUGAGUUCAUCGGCACCAGCAAGCAUGGCUUGUACGGGGAUAAUGUGGAGGAGAUGGACUCCAUCGUGGGCAAGAUCCUUGGUGCCAUCGAUGAUUUGGGUCUGAAGAACCGCACUCUAGUCUACUUCACGGCGGACCACGGGGGGCACCUGGAGGCCAGGGUGGGCCACGCCCAGCGUGGCGGAUGGAACGGAAUAUACAAAGGUGGGAAAGGUAUGGGCGGAUGGGAAGGUGGCAUCCGUGUCCCUGGAAUUGUCCGAUGGCCUGGAAAAGUGCCAGCUGGAGAAGUGAUUGAGGAGCCUACGAGUUUAAUGGAUGUUUUCCCAACCCUCGCAGCAGUGACUGGCGGGACUCUCCCUCAGGACAGGGUGAUCGACGGCCGAAACCUCAUGCCCCUGCUUCAGGGUGAGAUCCAGCACUCGGAGCACGAGUUCCUGUUCCAUUACUGUGGUGUACACCUCCACGCUGUGCGCUGGCACCCAAGAAACAGUGAGGCAGUGUGGAAAGUUCAUUAUGUGACACCAGUUUUCCAGCCACCAGGAGCUCAGGCCUGCUAUAUGACCACCUAUUGCCGCUGUUCAGGGGAACUGGUCACCUACCAUAACCCUCCUCUGCUCUUCGAUCUCUCCCGGGACCCCUCUGAGUCCACACCUCUGACACGGGACGUGGAGCCCCAGUAUGAUUUAGUCAUCAGAACAGUGGCCAACGCGCUGAAGAAACACAAGGACAGCAUCAUCCCAGUCCAGCCGCAGAUCUCAGGAUCCCAUCAGGAUAGCAUAUGGCUGAAGCCUUGCUGUGGAGUGUUCCCCUUUUGUCUGUGUGACAAGGAGGGGAACUCCUCAGCCUCGGGGUCAUCGUGA